CAAUCCUUUCAACCGGAACUACUACUUAUUCUGUUACCCCGGUCAACUAAAAGCAACAAAACUAGUAUUUUUUGUUGUAUGUUUAGCUCUGUACCUGCCAGGAAAAUGCAGAUAUGCAGUGUGUGCAGCGAACAGCCUCCAAAAUACAGAUGUCCAAGCUGCAAAAUACGAUAUUGUUCGCUUGGCUGUUACAAGAAACACAAAGAUUCCUGCCUUCCUGUUGAGAAGCCCGCUACGUCAAAUCCUGAAUCUAAAGAUGCUGCUGGAUCUGAGCCUUUAAGUUUGGACGAUCUCCUGCAUGAGGACGACGUCAUCGACAAAGUGCCACCGCAGAGGCUCCAGUUGUUGGGUCAGUCAACAGAGCUCAGAGAUCUUCUCUGCAACCCCCACCUGAGGCAGUUGCUGCGCUCCGUUGACGACGCAGAGAGCAAAGCGUCCGCCAUGAAGGCCGCCAUGCAGGAACCUCUGUUUGUUGAGUUUGCAGAUCGGUGUUUAAAAGUUGUUGAAGGUGAAGACAACGCAUUAUCUUCUAGUGACUGAUUUAUAAAAAUUACACGUGCGGCUAGUUUUUGAUAUUUCUUCGGACAAUAACAAACACGCUGUAUAGCAACAUUUACCUCUAAUGACGCUGUAUGUAAAUAAUGUUCAAAUAAAGGCUCAAGUUUUCAUAGAUUAUUGAUUAAA